AUGUCUUUCGCUGUGCUGCCUUGGUCUCGGUUAGGAAGUGAUCAUCUAUUGAAGGGAGUAUUGAGUGAGAUGCUCCUCCUUGGACUUCUGUUGCUGGCUCCUACGCUGCUGGCACAGGAGGGUCCUUGUGACUCUGCGCCAAAUCCAACUGCAAAAGCUUUCUGUUUACAGUUACACAAAUGGGACGAGCAAGCAAGGAGAGAAGCAAGCAAGAAACGAAUAGCUUUACCACCAGGAAUCAAAGGUAAAGCUAUGAUAGCAGCAGAGUUGGCACCUAUCGCUAGUUCAAUAUACCAAUGCAUGGAUUUGACAUGCAUGUGCACAUAUCUAAGAGGUACCAGAGCUGCAAAUGGACAAUGUGUUCUGCCCAACGGACAGAUGUUGAGAAAAGCAAUUAGGAAAGAAUACAGAAUGAUGACAGACGACGAACGACAGCGUUAUCAUGCUGCCAUCAGGACUCUUAAGCAGAACGGCGAAUACGAUCGAAUUUCACGUAUUCACUCACAGUCCACGGUUGUUGGCGGAGCUCAUUCAGGACCUGCAUUCUUGCCAUGGCACCGCGAAUUUAUGAAGAGAUACGAGUUUGCAAUCCGACAAAUCGACCCGACCUUAUAUCUUCCAUACUGGGAUUCCACCAUGGACGGCGCACUUUCUCGUCCUCAAGACUCAACCAUGUUUUCGAGUGAACUGGAGGGAGGGACGGCAUCAAACGGAUUUGUGGAUAGCGGACCCUAUGUAAAUUUCCGAACGUUGGAGGGCAAACCAAAUAUCAAAAGGGCAGUAGGAGCGCAAGGUACCACGAUGAAAAAUAGUGAUAUCGAUUUUGUUAUGGCUCAAACUCAAGUAGAUCAAGUGUUGGCUUUCUCUGCACCCAGACAGGGAUGUCCAUACCGUACGGACUACAACUGUCUGGAAUACACUCACGGAGGUGCACAUAUUUUUGUUGGGGGAGAUAUGUACGAUACGUCCACAUCUGCGAAUGAUCCGAUUUUUUUCCUUCAUCACGCCUUUAUAGAUUACAUUUGGGAACAGUGGAGGCAGCGUAGACAAACUCGCGCCGAUCGGGAAACUCUUUACCCACCUGACAACCAGCUUUGUUCGAGUCCGCAGCACUUCGCUGCCUCUCAAAUGAACCCGUUCGCUCCCAUGAGAAACAUCGACGGUUUAUCAAACCAGUAUACUGACAAUCUGUACGAGUAUGCGCCUCGACCAACCUGUUCGCAAGGAAAUCCUAACUGCGGGUCUAGAUUCUUGUUCUGUGAUUUUUCUCAUGGAGCGGCGAGAUGUGUUGCAACGAUUCGUAUGGGAGCAGCUUGUACUGGAUACUCAAAUGGCGAGAAUCCUUGUUACAAUGGAAUGUGUGUGGGAGGUCGUUGUGCAGCUACGGGUCCGGCAGCACCUCCUACGGUAGCACCGCUACCGCCCGUUACAGCUGCUCCAAUUCAAAUUGCACCACAGGAGACUUGCUUCAACGAAAAUGAAUGCUGCGCGGUUUGGGCCGCAAAAGGGGAAUGUGCUCGCAAUACGGGAUACAUGACCGAGUGGUGUGCGGCAAGCUGUGGACUGUGUCGACCACAAUAUCGGCUGGCUGACGAUUGUUCUGAUCGUCACCCAAAUUGCGCUCCCUGGUCUCAAUCCGGAGAAUGCACCAAGAACGAGCUGUGGAUGGCCGAGAAUUGCAGAAGAUCUUGUGGCAAAUGUGGACGGACGAGGGCCGCAGCUUGUGGCGGUGGUGGACAAGCUGCUGCAACAACAGAGCAACCUCAACCAGUAUGUGAGAACUCGGAAGGCUGUUAUAACGAGAACGUUUGUUGCCCCCAUUGGGCCACCUUUGGUGAAUGUCGGAAGACUCCAGCAUGGAUGGCUUGUAAUUGCCGGGUUUCAUGCGGCCACUGUUAUCCAGAAAAUUACAACUAUGGAUCAUGCUCUGACUACCAUCGCCAAUGUGCUGGGUGGGCCAGAAUAGGAGAGUGCGAGAAGAAUCCGUGGAUGUCUGAAAAUUGUAGAGCUUCUUGCAGAACAUGUUAUUCGCAGUGGGAUCUACGCGAUAUGUGUCGAGGAGCUGUAGGUACUGUUGCCCCCGUGGCUCAACGGAGACCGCAGCAGCAGAACCGUUUUCCGUUUAGUCAACCUAACUGGGGCAACAAUGGGCCACAGUUUGGAGACUACGAUGAUCAGUGGGGUAUGGGAUGGGGAAAUGGCAUGGGCGGAGGUCGAGGACCACAGUGGGGAAAUCAAUUCCCUCGAACGGUGUUCGAUUACUGGUAG